AUCCGUUGCCAUUUUGGCUCAAGGUGUUGACACCGGCGCCUCACAUGCGCUCACAUUCUUCGCCAACGAACUCCAUAGUGCAUCCUUGAAGAAUGUUAGUAGUCAUGUCGGUCGCGCGCUGCUGCGUGCUGCUCGCCGUGGCAGGCAGCGCGGCCGCCAUGGACAGGAAGGGCAGGGCGGGCAUCCCCGCAGGCCCGGAGGAGGGCCACCGCCUGGUCACGGGCGAUGCCUCGCAGGUGAACCUGAGCGUCGAGAUGCUGGAGAGCGGAGGAAUGCUUAUUGGCGCCACCGCGAUCGAGGAGCCGGCCUACACUGGAAGCGCGGAGCUGUGCGCGCAGCUCGGGGUGCCCGUGCUGGCGCUGGUGCUCGGCGGCGGCGUCUUCGUCAUCCUGCCCAGAUACCGGACCCUGGCGCAGCUGCUCCUGUUCUUCGGGGCCCAGAGUUUCAUGAAUUUGUACAUGAAGGCGAUCCUGUCCAACCACACGGUCUCCCAGGAGCUCAACAUGCGGGGCUUCCAGGCGCCCCUGAUCCUGACGGCCAUCCAGCAGCUCGUGGGCUUCCUUUUUCUCGCGCUGGCGAUCCUCGCGUCCCAGCUGACGCCGUGGGCCUACAGGCCGCAGGCCAUUGUCAGCAAGGACCAGAUCUACGCGGUGAUGGCCCUCGCAGUGUGCUUCACCCUGAACAUAGCCCUCAACAACUUCAGCCUCUCGCUUCUGGACAUGUCCGUCAACGUUAUGGUGCGCUCCACGAGCCCGCUGAUAUCUCUCCUCCUGCAGCUGUGCUUUCGCAAGUGGUUCGACGAUGGAAGCGUCGACAUUCGCCCUGCGAAGGUGGGCGCGAUGCUACUCGGCGUCAUCUGCGCCUCGCUGGUGGUGAUCUCCAAGAGUGCCGAGAAGAAGACGGCGGCCGAAAUCGAGGCCGGCGGCGGCAGCGACACGCUGGGGCUCUGCUUGUGCAUCUGCUCGCUCCUUUUCUCCUCCCUGGAGCUCAUCGUAGUGGUGAUUCUUGGCAAGGGGUUCAAGCUGAACUCUAUCGACUCUCUCCUUUACAUGGCCAUUCCAAUCGUCGUGCUGUUGUUGCUGCCCAGCUACUUGAUCAAGCACCCCGUGUCUUAUCCUGGACAAGAUAUGGCCACGGAUUUCAGCGUGCUCGUGCAGAUCGCCCAGCUGAGCCCCAGCACCGUGGUGCUGGUGAUGCUGUCUGGCAUCUGGGCCCUCGGCUACAACCUCCUGCUGUACAACAUUGUCGGGGGCCUCUCCCCGUUCUUCGCGUCGUUUGCCGCAAACUUCAAUAAGGUGGCGGCCAUCGCCCUGGCCCUGCUCAUGGGCAUGGAGUCGCUGCCUGUCGGGCACUGGAAGUACCUGAUGUGCCUGGGCGUGGUGGGGAACAUGGUGGCCUUCACCGCGUACAGUCUGUGGCCAGCGCAGCCGAAGAAAGAGCUCUCUGAAGACAGCAGCAGUGAUCUGCUGGCAAAGAAGGCGGACGCCUGAGGCCCGCGUCUCUCUCGCCGAGGAGCGCUGAGGAGUAGGAGGGCGCCCCGGGCUUCCCGGCGUCCAAAGUGUGCCGUCAGGCGCGUGCGCAUGGCGUGCGUCGAGUGAUCUCGCGCUGUGACGGCCGCAGCUGAAGUAGACAGCGUGCGAAUCGGUGAAUCGCGCCCAGUGGGUCCGUGGGCCGAAUGGCUCUUGUGGCCGGCGUCGUGAAUCACAGAUGUUGAUCUGUGCCGCAUGUUGACCGAUCGGAGUCUUGCUUAAGUCGAGCGUCCUCCCGGGGGCCGUACCCUUAAGCAGCUGAUCCAAGGUUUCAUGCCUGGGUCCCGGAAGGCUGCCACCUGCUCGACCAGGCGUGUUGAGUUGGCGUAAUUUGUUUGUUUUUCUCUCGAUUGGCGUUCAUGGAUGACCAUGUUCUUCUGCAGAGCCUUGAGGAGG